AUAUUUCUCUUGGUACGGCAGUGUUGGUGAUCAGUCAAAAAGGGGGAACAACAUGUAGCCAAUUCCAAACCUGUGGCAACAAACAAUACAAUCCCCCUUUGCCAUCUUCCCACCUAAGCUUCACUCUUCUCAUUAUCAUCCUCCUCGUAAUUCAAUUUCAGACCUUCACUUCCCAAUUCAAUGAACACCCAAAAACCAAUGCUCACGUGCAUGCCACGUGUCCCUUGAGAUUACCCUUCUUCUGCUUCUUCUCCCACCUUCUACCCCAACAAAUCCACCUCUCCCAUAGCUUCCACCCCUUUUAAAACUCGCUUUAAAGUUCGAAUCUUUUGCAGAAAAGAACAACACCCACAAAAAAUUCCCACACAAUGGCAUCACCAAUGAUUCAGUAACGCAGCUUCUGUGAUCGUUCAACAAUGGGGGUUUGCACUUCGAAGCCGCAGAAGCCGAACCCUUACGCGCUUCGAGAAACCGAAGCCGACCCAACACAGGUCCCGAAAACCCCACUAAGUCCCCACGCCAACAACACUCGCCGGAAAGAUGACGUCAUCGCCGGGAAACAGUCGCCUUUCUUCCCGUUCUAUAGCCCCAGCCCCGCUCACUUCCUGAAGAAGUCUCCGGCGCCGGCGGGAGGGAGCAGGAGCGCUAGCUCGACGCCAAGAAGGUUUUUCCGGCGACCCUUUCCGCCGCCGUCGCCGGCGAAGCACAUAAGGGCGGUGCUGGCGAGGAGGCAGGGAAAGAAGGCUGCGGCAGCGAUACCGGAGGAGGCGGAGGAGGAGGGUGGUGGUGAUGCGGCGGAUUUGGAUAAGAGGUUUGGGUUCUCGAAAGAGUUCAGUAGUAGGUUAGAGGUUGGGGAAGAAGUGGGUCGAGGACAUUUUGGGUAUACUUGUUCUGCUAGGUUCAAGAAGGGUGAACUUAAGGGUCAACAAGUGGCUGUUAAGGUUAUCCCAAAAGCAAAGAUGACAACAGCAAUUGCGAUUGAAGAUGUGAGAAGGGAGGUAAAAAUUUUGCGGGCUUUGAAUGGACACAGCAAUCUGGUACAGUUCUAUGAAGCAUUUGAAGAUCAAGAUAAUGUCUACAUUGUGAUGGAGUUAUGUGAAGGUGGGGAGCUCUUAGAUAUGAUACUAUCAAGAGGAGGGAAAUACUCUGAAGAUGAUGCAAAGGCUGUCAUGGUACAGAUACUAAAUGUCGUUGCAUUUUGUCAUCUUCAGGGUGUGGUGCACCGAGAUCUUAAGCCAGAGAACUUUUUGUAUACUACAAAGGAUGAAAGUUCUGAGUUGAAAGCUAUUGAUUUUGGAUUAUCAGAUUUUGUCAGACCAGAUGAAAGGCUUAAUGACAUUGUUGGAAGUGCAUACUAUGUGGCCCCUGAAGUACUCCAUAGAUCUUACAGCACAGAGGCUGACGUAUGGAGUAUAGGAGUGAUAGCAUAUAUUCUAUUAUGUGGUAGUCGCCCAUUUUGGGCGCGAACAGAGUCUGGUAUUUUUAGGGCAGUUUUGAAAGCUGAUCCCAGCUUUGAUGAAGCUCCAUGGCCAUCUUUAUCUUCAGAAGCGAGAGAUUUUGUCAAACGCUUGUUGAACAAGGACCCACGGAAGCGAAUAUCUGCUGCUCAGGCUCUAAGUCAUCCAUGGAUACGGAAUUACAAUAAUGUAAAAGUUCCACUUGAUAUUUUAAUAUUUAAGCUCAUGAAGGUUUAUAUGAGAUCAUCAUCCUUGCGCAAGGCUGCCUUAAGGGCCUUGUCAAAGACAUUGACAGCUGAUGAACUGUUUUAUCUGAGGGAGCAAUUUGCACUGCUAGAACCAAGCAAAAAUGGCAGCAUAUCUCUAGAGAAUGUUACCAAGGCCUUGAUGAAACAUGCAACAGAUGCCAUGAAAGAGUCUCGCAUCCCUGACUUUCUUUCCUCGCUUAAUUCAUUACAAUAUAGAAGGAUGGAUUUUGAAGAAUUUUGUGCAGCUGCAUUAAGUGUACAUCAGCUUGAAGCCCUUGAUCGAUGGGAGCAACAUGCCCGAUGUGCAUAUGAACUUUUUGAGAAAGAUGGAAACAGGGCUAUUGUCAUUGAAGAACUUGCUUCGGAACUUGGACUUGGACCUUCAAUCCCUGUUCACGUUGUUCUUCAUGAUUGGAUACGCCACACUGAUGGGAAGUUAAGCUUUCUUGGAUUUGUCAAAUUAUUACAUGGUGUAUCUAGCCGAAGCCUCGCAAAGGUUCAAUAAAAAUGUAAAGCAAAGCCGCCGUGGAUAUGCUGAAUUUUCUCAACCAUAUUUGAAUUUCUAUCUUGUGUGCAGCAACUGUUGAUUGUCUCCUUAAUAUCUGAAGCUCUUGCAAGCACAACCCAUUACAGUACAGUUUCAUAAUGAAAUGUAACUCUGAUUCUUUUGAAGGCGCACAAAUUGUAAAAUAGUCUACAGAUCUUUGGGUUAAGAAUUAAGAUAUGAAUUGUAGAUUUAGAAUUAGCUUUGCCUCGAUGGGUGGUAAUAAUUUCCUGUCACUGUAUUAACGAAUGCUUUUGUAUACACGUUACAUUUGCGAUUGCGAGUCUUAUAAUUUUUACUCGUGUGUGGGUGCGUGUGAAAUUUACACUUUGCAAUCAAUUUCUUUUCCUCAAUGACAACGAUUUGGUGGAGAUUGAUUGCGGAUUUGGCUGCUAGAAAGUAGAGACCAAAGAAGUCCAUAUUUGUUUUUUAAUUUAUUUUAUGUUACAAGGUUCUUUGAUGUUAGCUAGCAUCUAUAUGCAUUUCUGUAAUUAGUCACACUUAUAGUAAAGCAAGAUUAAUCGUUGGU